AAGGGGGCGCAGUCAGGCUCUCUUCAGCAGCCAUGUUCAGCUGCAAGGUCCUACCCAGAGCAUCAUUGGCUUUUGGCCGUGAAGGAGGCUCCUCGGAUCGGCAACGCUGCCUCCGAUGUUCGGUUGUCUGACUCCUGUCUCCUGUCCUCAAUUCUCUCCUUCACUCCGACGGCUCGACACCAUCAUGCUAACAUAGCUGCUUACGAUCCUGCGACCGUUGCUGUGGUGACCUGCGGGAGAGCAACUGGGCCUGAUCAUGAGAGAUAAAAGAGAGACGCCAUGUUCCGAAACCUGUCCAAAUAUGCCCUGCUGUUCCUCUUCCUGUCGCUGUCAGGAUUCAUCUUCCUGCUGCGCAACAUGCACACAGUGGAGAGCUGGAACUGCCACACCAUUUCAGCUCUCUACCAGCUGCAGACCAGGAUCCAGUCGUCGCUCCUCUCGGCGAACCUCCCCACGUACAACCCCAACCUCACCUUCUGCGCCCACCUGGGCCAGAAGCCCUCCGCCGAAGACGAGCUGGAAGAGCGCUACCUGCUGAACUCCAUCCAGUGGCCCGGGCCGCCGCCCCGCUUUGCCCCGCCCACCCUGCGCAGCACGAGCGACCCCGUCCACAGCUUCUUCACCAUCCUCCCAGGUAAGGGGAGGAGGGAGUGGCGCCUCGGCGACCAGCUGGAGGCUCUGGUCCAAGUCCACGACUUCCAGGGUCGUCCGAAGCGCUACGGCGGGGACUUCCUCUUAGCCAGGCUGCAUUCUCCAGAGCUGGGGGCGGGUGUGGCCGGGACGGUGGUGGACCACAAGAACGGCAUCUAUUCUGCGUUUUUCCCGCUCCUCUGGGUGGGGCCCGCGCAAGUGGAGGUCACGCUGGUGCACUCCAGCGAGGCGGUCGCUGUGCUGAAGCACCUGAGGGAGCAUCGGCCCGAUCGGGUUUUCUUCAAGAGCCUGUUCCGCCUGGGCUUCUUGUCGGAGAAGACCGUGUGCAACAUGUGCCUGCCCCCCGACCAGCAGCCGCUCUGCAACUACACAGACCUUUACACAGGCGAGCCCUGGUACUGCUACAAGCCCAAGAUGCUGAGCUGUGACACCAGAAUCAACCACGCCAAAGGCGGAUAUUUAAAAAACCUCCUCAGCAACAAGGAGGCCCUGCUCUUCCAGAGUGGCGUGAACAUCAAGGUUCAGAUCCGCGCCUCGGGAAGGGACCGGAUCGACGUGCUGCCACCUGAAGCAGGCGACGGCGAUAAGGUGACGCCGUCCGUCCAGCUCACGCCGUCCGGCCACUACUUCAAUAACUCGUGGAGGCCGCAGGGCGGGCCCGCCCUGCGGCGCUUCGAGGACUCGGCUGCUGUCACCCAGUGCCUGAGGAACAAGGUGAUCAACAUGUACGGGGACUCGACCGCCCGACAGUGGUUCGAGUACUUUCUCACUUUUGUACCAGAAAUAAAGGAGAUCAACCUGCACAGCCCUAGAAACGUCGGGCCCUUCAUGGCGGUGGACACGACUCACAACAUCCUGCUGAAGUACCGCUGCCACGGCCCGCCCAUCCGCUUCACCACCGUCCUGACCAGCGAGCUGCGCUACGUCUCCAACGAGCUGGACGGCCUCGCCGGGGGCCCCGACACCGUGGUGGUCCUCAGCGUCUGGGCCCACUUCAGCACCUUCCCCGUGGAGGUGUACGUCAGGCGGCUGCGGCACAUCCGCCGCGCGGUGCUGAGGCUGCUGGGCCGGGCGCCGGAGACGCUGGUGGUGAUCCGCUCGGCCAACCUGCAAGCCCUGGACCCGGAGGUGAGCCUGUACAACAGCGACUGGUACUCGCUGCAGCUGGACACGGUGCUGAAGGCCAUGUUCAGGGGCCUGGACGUGGUGAUGGUGGACGCCUGGGAGAUGAGCCUGGCUCACCACCUCCCCCACGCGCUCCAUCCUCCCCAGGCCAUCGUGCAGAACAUGAUAGGGAUGCUCCUGUCUCACAUCUGCCCCGAGACGAGGACGAGCCGGGAGUAGAAUGGCUCUGUUGUCCGGAGGGAACAGGGAGCUCAUCUGUGAGCUGUACACAUCAGAACAAAGCUGCAGGCCUUUUUAGACAAGUUGCCCCCGCUAACAGAUUUACCAAAUGUCACUGAUGGUUUUAUAUCCACGGUGUUCCUAGCUGGACUCGUUUUAUUGCAGGAAGCUUUUGGCUUUGGUGCCAAAGCGUGCGCUGCGCGCCUCAACCACGGCCGGCUUCUUCAUGCCUCUGCAGCGACAGCAGCCCGAGGCCGGAAAGCCUGUCAGAGCCUGUUUAUCACAACCACUGUUUCUCCUGAAUGCUUUGAAGAACGUCUCGCAAAAAAGGAUCUUUAGAGUAGGAUCACUUGUACUAAACACAGACAAGUUUAAUUCCCUGUGUCACGUCAUGAAAUUUAAACAUAACCUGAGUUUUUUUUUAUUUUUUGGUGAUAGUUUGAUUUACUAGGUGGAGGAAAAGCUAUCCUCAACAGUGACCCGGUGUGAAAAAGUAAUUGCCCCCUAAAGCACAUGACUUCUCGUGCCACCCACUGCCAUUGAGCGUUUUUAUUAACUAGUAAUGAGUGUUUUACGCCGCUGUGCAGGGAUUUUAACCCCCUCUGCUUUACGCAAAUGUUUUAAUUGAGUCACAUUGGCUUAAUUCAGGAUGCAGAUCUUCGGAUCACCAUUGCUUAACAUGUUCAUUCAGGAGUUUCUGCUAGAGAGGGACUUCCCUUGUUUCAUCAGUCACAGCAAGUCAUCCAAGCAGCAAAGCAGCCCAGACCGUCGUGCUUGACUGUAGUUUUUUUUUCUUGAAAAGUGCUUUUUAGUUUUAUGCCAAUUACUACUUACUACUACUGUAACAAGAUGGACACCUUCCAUGUUUGUCUCAAAUAUCUUUUAAAAAUAAUAAAAACUCUGGGCUCAUCAA